AUGCGAUUCUCACCUCUAAUCCUGUUACCUCUGGUAACUGCCUUACCAGCCAAACAACAAUCAUCUUCGAUCCCAGAAUUAUCAGUAAACCAAUGGAACAACAUCCAAUCUGGAUUCACUGAUGGUCUAAGAUCGUUAUCCUCUUGGUCAUGGUCCAAAGCUGAAGAUGUCAUCGAUGAACUCGAAGCUAUCUCUGGCAUCGCCACUGAUAACAAAGAUGAUGAUGAUAAAUCCUCGUUGACCAUUUGGCAAGCUUUGAAAGCUGAUCCUCAUUCGUUCAGUAAAUUGGUCAAGAUCAUCGAAUUCGAAGGUAAAGCCAUUGACUAUCUUGACGACAAAGACCUUCAAAUCACCUUCUUCGCACCCAACAACGAUGCUCUUACCCCACCUCACCACCACCACGAUGACGAUGAUCACGAUCACGAUGACUCCCUUGUCGAACUCUUACACAAUCCAUCUUUGAUCACUCUCUCCAAUGCCCUCGAAUCCGAACCCUCUCUUCUCGCUGCCGAUGAAGAUGAUCACCACCACCACCAUCACCAUGAUGAGGAUGAUGAUCCCGAAAAGCGAAAGAGAAGAAAAGAGAUUUUCAGGAAGAUUGCCGGCAAAGUCUUGCAAUACCAUGGUCUCACUAAGGCAUACACUGCCCAAGAGUUGGCUCAGAACUCUACUAUCGCCACUGCUUUGAAAGCAGAGGAUGGAUCGUAUGGUGGUCUUCACAGGAGAAUCAGGAUCGAUAAACACUUUGUUCCACCUUCUCUCAAGAUCAACUUCUACGCCAAGGUACUCGUCUCCGAUAUCAAGGCUCGAAAUGGAUAUUUCCACACCUUGAACCACCCUCUCAUCCCUCCCGGAUCAAUCAUCGAAGAGCUCUUCCUGUUCCCCGACGUAUUCUCCACCCUUACCUCGAGCGUUCAAAAAAUCCACGGACGAAGGUAUCUCGACUGGUCGUACGACAAAGAACACUCUAAACCUGGCCAUCCUGAAUUCCACGGUAAACCUCUUUUGACCCUCUUCGCCCCUACCAAUAUCGCCUUCGCAGCCAUCCCACCUAAGCUCAAAUUCUAUCUAUUCUCCCCAUUCGGUGAACACGCUUUGACCAAAUUAUUGGCUUACCACUAUAUCCCCAACACGCUUCUUCUCUCCGAACUGCUUUAUACUCAAAAAGAGAAGAAAUCGCAAAUUGAUUCGUUUGUCGAUACUUUGGGUGAUUACGAAUACUUCAAUUUGGGCGAUGAUCCUUCGUUCCAUAAAGAAAUUGAAAUUUCCCCAGCGCUUCCUAAUUCUACUCUGAAGAUCGAGAUCGACAAGACCAAGUUCCUUCCUGUUGAAGGGGCCGUCAAGACCACCAUCAAGGUCAAUGGACAAGAAGUCAAGGUCAUCGACGUACCCGCAAGAAACGGUGCGACUCACGUCAUUGACCAUCUCCUCAUUCCACCUCAUCACCACCAUGAUCACCAUGGUAAGGAUAUUGCUCAUCUUGAUUCGUGGGAGAACUGGGAGGAGUGGUUCCCUUCUUGGGUUGAUCAAUUUUAA